CUUCGGGCAGCGGCAUGUGCGGUCGAUUUAUGUGAGAUGUUUAGGGGCCCGGGCAUUGGUGGUCUGCUGCUACCGGCACUGCUCUGCUUUGGCCUACUGUGCCCCCAACCGGCCGAAACGGAAAAUAUUUUGGCCAUAUUCUCGUACACCUUCGGCUCCUCGUAUUUGCUGAUCACUCCGUUCCUGAAGCACCUCGUCCAGCGGGGUCACCAGCUGACUGUGAUAUCAUCGGUUAAGGAAAUGCCCCACAUAGAGGGUGUCCAUCACAUACGGGUGCAGAAGUUGGAUAUGCUGACGCAAAUCCUCUUGGACUGCGAUUACGACGUUGAAAUAACCAAAUGGAUGGAGGCCCAGUUCGUGUCCGAAUACUUUUACAACUGUUCGAAAUUCGUCCUGGAGGAUCCGGCGGUGCAGGAGCUGCUCCACAACGCCAGUGCGCAGUACUCGAUGGUCAUACUGGAGGCCUCCCACACCGACGCCCUCUACGGAUUCUCGCAGCACUUCAAUGCGCCGCUGGUGGGGAUUGCUGCCUACGGAUCGGCAUGGAACAUUGACUUUCUGGUAGGGAACUCGGCACCCAGUGUCUACGAACCCAUGUCCGCCCUGGGCUAUUCACCCGGCCACAGUCUGAUGGAGAAGUGGCACAACCUGAUCUUCAUCACCGAGGAGCGACUGGUGGAGCGAUUCAUAUACCUGCCGGCCCAAAUCGAUCUGUAUAAGCAGCACUUUCCGGGCGUUUCGGCCAGUAUCCAUGAGCUGCGCCGUAAAUUCUCCCUGAUCCUGAUCAACCAGCACUUCAGCAUGGGUAGAGUGCGCAGUAAUGUUCCCAACAUCGUGGAAGUGGCGGGCAUGCAUUUGGCCGAGCCCACGGAGCCCUUAAAUGAUGAACUUAAGAAGAUAUUGGAUGAAGCCAAACAUGGAGUUGUGUAUUUUUCGAUGGGCCUGCAAGUCGUGGAUAAGUGGUUGCCUCCGGGAAUGAUAAAUACCAUGUUGGCAGCCUUUCAGCAGUUAAAACAGCAAGUGGUUUUGAAAAUUAACGAUCCUGCAAUGGUCAACAACUCAAGGAAUGUCUAUGCAAGAUCUUGGCUGCCACAGCGAGAGAUCCUUAACCAUCCCAAUGUCAAGGUCUUUAUAACCCAUGGUGGUCUUCUCAGCUCCAUCGAGGCGGUUCACUAUGCGGUGCCCCAACUCAGUUUGCCCCUAUUUUACGACCAGUUUCAGAACACCAAGCGUAUGGAGCAGAUGGGCGUGGCCAGGAGAAUGGACAUCAUGAACCUCUCUGCGGAAGAAGUGGUCUUGGUCAUUGAGGAUCUCGUGAACAAUGCUAGUUAUAAGGAAAAUGCCAGGUGUUUAUCCCAACGAUUUCGUGAUCAACCAAUGUCGGCCAUGGAGACCGCGAUUUGGUGGACCGAAUACAUCCUGCGGCACAAGGGAGCCGAUCACAUGAGAAUUGCCGAGCAGGAGAUGUCCCUGAUGCAGUACUACAACGUGGAUGUUGUGUCGGUGCUCUUUGGAAGAAUUGGAUUAAGUGUCAUUAUCAUGCUCUUCCUGGGCUGGAAACUGGUCUCAUUGGCAACCAGAAACCUUGAGUACCGCUUUAAUGUACCCAUGGUAAGGUGAACCUAAGAUAUAUUGCAUAAGUCUACCAGCAGUUAACGACAAAAUGAACAAAACAAUUUUAAAACGUUUGGUAACCUUUUGUUUUAAAAAGUUUAUAAUACAAAUGUUUAAAUGUUUUAAUCAAUAGCUUUAAAUGGUGAUAAGUAAUGGUUUAAAUAAAUCUAAAAACUCUUCAAGGCUGUACCUUUAUGCUUUUGGACUAAACUUCAUAAAACAAAUCAUUAAGCAAACUCACACUUUUUAACCUUAAUCUGUCUUGCAUUAACAUGAGUUGGCUAUAAUCGCAGGUAGCGUAAAAAAGU